AUGAAAAAUUUCAAAAGAGAAAUCUCAUCGCAGUUUCAACUACCAGAGGAAAACAUUAAAUUAUUUUUAUCUAACGGCUGUGAAAUAACUGAUAUUAAAGUUGUAAGAGAUGAAGAGAGUGUGUAUUUAUCCCUGGAAAACAAAGUAUCUCAAAAAAGCCAAGAUAAUGCAUUGAUUUCGGAGUCUGAUUCCGAUUGGAUAUUAUUAAAUGUCGGGGGAAAGCAUUUUAUAACAUCAGGGUCCACUCUUUUACUAAAGGAACCUCAAUCGAUGCUAGCGCGUAUGUUUGCAGGUAGACAUUUAAUGAGCCCUAGUGCAAAAGACAAGACUGGUGCAUAUCUUAUUGAUAGAAGUUCAAAAUAUUUUGAGCCUAUACUGAAUUAUUUAAGGCAUGGACUAGUGAUACUUGACAAAGAUAUAAACCCAGAGGGAGUGUUAGAAGAAGCUGUUUUCUAUGGCCUUGAUUCAAUGAUUCCAAAGCUCGAACUCUUGAUAGAAAAAUAUAAAAGUCAUCAUGAAAAUCACUCCCUUACCCGCAAGGAUAUAGUACGUCUAAUUAUUAACACUCAAACAACAUCAGAAUUGAGAUUCCAAGGUGUUAAUCUGGCUGGAGCAGAUUUAAAUAGAUUGGAUCUUAGACACAUUAAUUUUAAGUAUGCCUGUCUAUCAAGAUGUAAUUUGAGUGGGGCAAACUUAUCACAUUGCUGUUUAGAAAGGGCCGAUCUUUCACAUGCUAAUUUAGAGGGGGCGCAGCUUCUAGGGGUUAAAGCUUUAUGUGCUAAUAUGGAAGGUGCAAUUUUGAAAGGGUGCAAUAUGGAAGACCCUGCUGGUUCAAGAGCUGUUAUGGAAGGAGUAAACUUAAAAGGUGCAGAUUUAGAGGGAAGCAACAUGGCAGGUGUUAAUUUGAGGGUGGCAACACUGAAGAAUGCUAACCUUCAGAACUGUGAUUUGAGGACGGCUGUUUUAGCUGGAGCUAAUUUGGAGUCAUGCGAUCUAUCAGGCAGUGACCUCCAUGAAGCUAACCUUCGUGGAGCCAAUCUAAAGGACGCCGCAUUUGAACUUAUGCUCACCCCUCUUCAUAUGUCACAGACUAUACGAUGA